AUGGCUGGUUCGCUCAUAGGCAGGAUCGAUCCAUUCGAUCGUACUGAGGAGGAUUGGCCGACAUAUAUUGAAAGACUAGAUCAAUAUUUUGCCGCAAAUGCAAUCACUGACGAUCGCAAAGUGCCUGCAUUUAUCAGUCUGAUAGGCCCAAAGACUUAUGGAUUGUUGAAAAAUCUGAUUGCUCCUGAAAAGCCAAGUACCAAGUCGUACACAGAAUUAGUUGAUGUGCUGAGGAAACACCUCGCCCCCAAACCGCUUGUUAUCGCAGAGAGGUUUCGCUUUCACAAGCGUGAUCAGCGUGAGGGAGAAUCAGUUACUGCAUAUCUCGCUGAACUUAGACGAUUGACAGAAUAUUGCGAAUUUGGGAGUUAUCUCAAUGACGCACUUCGUGAUCGUCUAGUGUGUGGUCUGCGGGCUGGCAACAUCACUAAACGUCUACUCGCUGAAGCUAAGCUCACAUUCAAGAAAGCGAUUGAGAUAGCUACAGCUAUGGAAGCUGCUGCUAAAGACGCAGUUGAAUUUCAACAACAGCUGAAACCAGAGACUUCGGUCCACAAAUUCGCAGCCAAACCGCAACCAACUUCAACAUCGACAUGCUAUCGCUGUGGGAAAUCUGGUCAUUCUCCCAACCAGUGUCACUUCAAAGACGCUACGUGUCAUGGAUGCAACAAGAAAGGUCACAUCCGACCAGUCUGCCGCUCGAGUGCUAGUCCACAACAGGCUAGUCGCCCACGUAACUCUCGCAAAGGCCGACCACAAGGAGGAAAAGCGAAGGCGAAACCCAUGAAAUCAGUCGAGGAAGCCAGUAGCGACGACGACAUGACCUACGUCGGUCGACUCGGAGUCAACAAUCUGGAUCAUCGCAAAGAUAGCACGAUCUGGUUGACCCCAUCGAUUAAUGGCACAAAUAUUCGCAUGGAACUUGACACAGGUUCGGCUGUAUCUGUAAUCUCCAAGGCAGACUACCAGCGACAUUUCGCGAAUUCGAAACUCGAGUCAACUCCAGUCAAAUUGCAGACCUACACUGGUGAAAAGGUAUCACCAGUUGGUUGUCUGCAAGUGGACAUCUGCUACCAGGAACAACGACACACCGGACUGUUGUAUGUUGUUCAACGCGGUGGGCCAGCAUUGUUUGGUCGCGAUUGGCUCGCCCACUUCAAACUGGACUGGCCGAGCAUUUUCGCCAUAUCAUCUGAGCAUCCGCCAGUGAACAUGGAGGCUAAGUUACAAGCCUUGUUAGACUCGUAUCCUGAACUCUUCAAGGACGAAAUUGGGGAACGCACAGACAUACGAGCAAAAUUGACUCUCAAAGAUAAUGCUCACCCAGUGUUCCUCAAGGCAAGACAAGUGCCAUAUGCACUGAGACCCCAAGUUGAAGCUGAGCACGCCAAGCUUCAACAGCAGAACAUUAUCUCACCAGUAGAGACUAGUGAAUGGGCCACACCCAUAGUGCCCGUUCCAAAGAAAAAUGGUGGGGUAAGAAUUUGCGGUGACUUCAAAGUGACUGUUAACGCCAACUUGCAUGUUGACCAUUACCCCUUGCCCAAGAUCGACGACGUGUUCGCCACCCUGGCAGGCGGACAGCACUUCAGUAAGCUUGACCUCAAACAAGCAUACUUACAUAUGGUAAUGGACGAGGAGUCAAGCAAGCUACUCACUCUCAACACUCACAAGGGACUGUUCAAAAUGAAUCGACUUGCCUUCGGAGUAGCAUCAGCACCCGCAAUAUGGCAACGGACAAUGGAGCAAAUCAUCCAGGGCAUUCCAGGUGUGCAGUGCAUUCUGGAUGAUAUGCUCAUCACCGGUCGCGAUAACACAGAACAUCUUCGUAAUCUGGAGAAAGUUCUAUCUGUGUUGCGCGAUCGAGGACUGCGUCUCAACAUAUCCAAGUGCGAGUUCUUCAAGAGCAAGCUCUUGGAGAAAAAUCACAAAUGGGCGUGGUCUACAGAAUGUGAGACAGCAUUCGAGCAGGCAAAAACUCUGAUCACAUCUGAGGAAGUCUUGACCCACUACGACCCAAAGUUGCCAGUCAAAUUAGCUUGCGAUGCAUCACCGUACGGGCUGGGCUCCGUCAUGUCCCACGUAAUGCCCGACAACACGGAGCGACCAAUCGCAUAUGCUUCGCGAACAUUGUCAUCCGCUGAGCGAAACUACUCGCAAAUCGACAAGGAAGCCUUAGCGCUCGUGUGGGGUGUCAAGAAAUUCAACAACUAUCUGUGUGGGCGGAAGUUCACAUUGGUGACGAUCACCAACCGCUCACGUCAAUAUUUCAUCCCGCUAAGAGCAUCCCUGCAAUGA